UAUACAAGAAAUCGGUUCAUUCCACUUUCCAAGUAGAUUCCACUUUUGUUCCAUAAUUUAUAAACUUAACCUAAAAAUUAAUUGUUAAAAUAUCAUAGGCUGAUAAACAUUGUUGUAUACAUAUAUAUACACGUGGCGUCAAUAUAAUAUAAUAGCUCAAAAUGGAAGGAAAAGUAAAUGAAAGUAUUAAAAAAAAAAAAAAUACCAAACAAGACAGAACAAUAUAUUUACGUUUUCCAAAACGUAUUACUGAUAUUGAUGAAGUACGUAAUUUGAUAACUGGUGAUGCAAAUAUUAAAUUACGAAGACAAGCAUCAAGACAUUGUCAUGUUAUAUUUCCUAAAAUGGAACAAAAAAUAAACAAUAUGAAAUCAAUAAAGGCUAAAUCAAAAGAAAAUAAUUUACGUAUUGUUGUAUCUGGUGCUAAACCAAAUCCGAAAAUUCAACAAUCAUCUGAUAAUGAUGAGCCAGUUAAUAAAGACAAAAAAGUUACAACAACAAAAGCUAAAGAUAAUGAAACAAAUGUGGAUAAACAAGUUAAACAAAAAAAAACUAAGCCUAAAUUAUCUAAAGCAAAAAAACGAGCAAUAAUUGUACGUGGAAUUUCAAAAGACACACCCUUGGCAUUAGUCGAAGAAGCAUUUCCAGAUUGUAAAACUUGUGCAUAUAUAAAAGAUGAAGUAGUUUCAGGAGUUCCAGGUGGUAUUGGUAAACGAGCAGUUGUAAAAUUCAACACAGCUCAAGUUGCAGCUGAAUAUUUAACUAAAAAACGUACUUGGCCAUUAAUAAAUGGACAAGAAAUUGAAAUAAAACAAGAUCUAAGAAAGAAAACUAAUGCUGCUAAACAAAGAAAAUUGUCUGGUCUUAAAUCUAAUGAUGAUGAAACAAAUAAUACAAAUAUUAUGCAAUUAAAAAAAAAGAAUAUUAAUGAUGUAAAAGUUGAGGUAGAUGGUACAUCAUCUAAUGCUGUUGUAAAAAUGGAGCUUCAAAGUGAUAACGAUGAUACUGUUGCUGGAAAACUUUCCAAGAAAGAGAAAAAAAAAAUUGAAUAAACUUAUGAUUAAUUAAAAAUUUAAACAAUAAUUAAUAUUAAACAAAAUAUUCAAUAAAAUAAUCAUGAAAAAAAAAAAAAAAUUAAAACCCACUGUGAAAACUUUUUAAUCAUUCAAUAUUAUAAUUAAUAAAUUAACCUUAAAUUAAAUAAUUGAA